GCAAUCUAGUUCGAGGAGCAUCGCGAGAGUGCUACUUCUGUUCCUACCUUAUCGCGAAGUAUAUUCGCGAGUGAAGAUAGGAUAAAGAUUGUUCUCCUGUGAGAGUGAUCGUCACGGGAUCCUAGCCUCGGUAUUCAUCGGCGGAAAAGUCCGGGUCAGUUUUUCGCGCGUGGCGCGAUUAGCGUUGCGUUCCGUCGCGUCCUAGAAAACGUAAAAACUCUCUAGUUCCUCUCUCUAGUUCCUCUCGCGUCUCUCGCACUUCCCGUGCGUCGUAAUGGCAAAACCGGAAAAAAUAGAGGACGACAUUUACAAGCCAAAUGGGUAUACUAACGAGGCCUUCCAGUUGGACGGUUUCGAUUCUCACGAGAAUAUUCCGCCUGAUUAUGAGACAGCGACGAGUUCCGAUAAAGAGCAGGAACCGAAACCUGAAAGUUUAGUAGUCACCAAGGGAGCCGAAUGGGAAGGUAGACUGGAGUUUCUGAUGGCUUGUAUAGCCACUUCCGUUGGAUUAGGAAACGUAUGGAGGUUUCCGUUCACCGCGUAUGAGAACGGCGGUGGUGCCUUCCUGAUACCCUAUAUUAUAGUCUUAAUCCUGAUCGGGAAACCAUUUUAUCUUUUGGAAGGACUCCUGGGACAGUUCACCAGCAGAUCCUGCGCGAAAACGUGGUACAUGACGCCGGCUAUGAAAGGAUUGGGAUACUCGCAAGCGUUCGCCGCAUUCUGCGUUGUUUCGUAUUACUGCGCCUUGAUGGCAUUGACCUUGUAUUAUCUGGUGCAGAGCUUCCAAUCUGAAUUACCAUGGUCGAUCUGUCGUCCAGAAUGGAAAGAUUACUGUAUCGAUGUUUCGUUAAAUAAAACUAUUUCUGAAGUUCGUAAUGUCACUGUACAAAGUUCUGCAGAACUGUACUUCAGGAAGAUAGUGUUGCAGGAAUACGAGUCCAUCGAGAAUGGUAUCGGCGUGCCGUCCUGGCAGCUGUCGAUAUGUCUGUUCCUCAGUUGGGCCUGCGUCUUUGGGGUGCUUUUCCGCGGCGUGAAGAGCACGGGUAAAGCCGCCUAUUUCCUCGCGAUAUUCCCAUACGUCGUGAUGGCCGCUCUAUUGAUUAGAGCUGUCACUCUUGAAGGCGCCGUCGACGGCAUCCUCUUCUUCGUAACGCCGAAAUGGGACGCUCUGUGGAAGCCCACCGUCUGGUACGCCGCCAUUACGCAGUGCUUCUUUUCACUGUCGGUCUGCUUCGGCCCGAUCAUCAACUAUUCGUCCUACAACAAUUUCGAACACAGAGUAGACAGGGACGUGAUGAUAGUGACUACGCUGGAUACGUUCACCAGCCUGAUGGCCGGUUGCACGAUCUUCGGCAUCCUUGGUAAUCUGGCCCACGAGAUGAAAGCGAAGGACAUCUCGAAGGUAGUUCGCGGCGGCACCGGUUUAGCCUUCAUUUCCUAUCCGGACGCGCUAUCGCGUUUCACUUUCGUGCCGCAGCUCUUCUCCGUCCUGUUCUUCAUCAUGCUGUUUGUCCUCGGCACAGGAAGCGCCGUCGCGCUGAGCGGUGCGGUGUUCAGCAUCUUUCGCGAUCACCUGCCGAUGAUGAGGCAGUGGCUGUUGGUGCUCUGCGUCACUUGCUUCGGCUUCGUCGUCAGCCUCGUCUAUAUCACUCCGGGCGGUCAGUGGUUCAUAACGUUGAUCGAUUAUUACGGCGGCACUUUUGUGGCGAUAAUCGUCGGUGUCCUCGAGAUGAUAAUCAUCUUCUGGGUGUAUGGCCUCUCUAAUUUUCUCACUGACAUGGAAUUCAUGCUGGGUAAGAGGCUGAGUUUCUACUGGCGAAUCUGUUGGCUCGUGAUUACGCCUUUGCUCAUGAUCGUCAUACUAAUUUACACGUGUGCCACCUAUGACCCACCCACGUACGAUGGCGCACGAUUUCCUGGUUAUGCCUACGGAAUAGGAUGGUUUGUGCUGGCUCUAGGAAUAUCUCCCAUCAUAUGGUGGUUUUGCCAGAAAAUAAUCGCGAAUAAAACAUCGUCCGUUCUCGAGUCUGUCAAAGCAGCAUUUCGGCCUGCGGAGGGUAAAUGGGGACCAAAGAAUCCGAAGAUAUACCAAGAGUGGAAAGCAUUUAUGCUGGAGAAAAAACUCGCCAAAGGCGGUCUAAUGAAGACGUUUUUUAAAUAAACAGCUUUAUUUAUUAUCUUCUUGCCCAUCUAAGUCAGUUGCUUUUACUUAAUUGUUAGCUAGCGUAAUGUAAUAAAAGAAAAUAAAAUAAAAAUGAUUUCAAACAUUA